CAUAUAAGAUCAAUAAUGAUAGUUUUUGUUUGUGCGGUUCUAUUUUAUAUUUGCAGUGCUGUCAUUGAAGUGACUGGAGAUAUGACAGUUGAUGCUCAUCUCACAAAAAUGGGCCUGAAGAUGGUAAGUAUGGCCCAUACAAGCACUGGGGUGGAAUUCAGAACAGACUAUAAAGAAAUCACAGUAAAAUUCCCAAAGGAUAUCAUAGAAUAUGCGACUAUAAAGAACGAUUUCUACACAGUGACAGGAGAAAUAGAGAAGAAACUUCAGUUAAUAACAGACAACGUCCAGAAGUCAAAGGUCUGCACUGACAAAAGUGUGGAACAUCUUCUGGGCCUGAAGUUUUGUCAGGAGAUCCGAUACACCAAUGCUUCGCAACUGAAAGAUGCACCGUACUUUCCGUUCACGGGACCAGCUCAUUACAGAUACUAUAUGGAGAAUGUUGAUGUGCCAAAAGGCUAUAAUCUUACAAUACUCCAAGAUUAUCCAAACCAUACUAUUCUGUUUGAAACUGCGGGAUCCAAAUCACCCAGGGCACUCGUUGUCACAUUCGCAAGAAACAGAUGCGCCUUAUUUGCGGUAACUCCUUGGCGGAAUAUGAAAUUCAAGGCAUAUAUCACUGGGAGAUCCGGAAACUUAACCAGUAGUGCAACACUCAAUCUUGAUAAGCACUUGGAGUACAACUUUGACCACAAUUGGCUGACUGAAUAUUUUCCACAAGGGUUCAAAUGGACAAAUAACCUCAGAGUAAAGGGACCAGAACAUAAUGGAGAGCUGAAUUCAUUGCUGGAAUACACGGCUGGAGAGCGACUGGACAUGGAAGCGAGUGCGACCAGCUCUAAAUUCAAACCCAUAGUAGCAUCAUGUGAGUCUAUUUCAUUGAUAUUUGAUGUAGACGUCACCAGUAAGAAACGGCCAGUUCUGAACUUCAAUGUCAAAGGUCGUGCCGUGAAGGGCAUCGGAAAACUAUCAACUUCUUUCGUCGCUAUAUACACAAAUCCGUCUUCCAGAGAGAAGCGGAAAAACACCUUGAAGUUCAACACCCUCCUCACUUAUGCUUCACCAGGAAUUACCCGUAAAUAUGAUUAUACACUCAGUGUGAUUGACCAAACAAAG